AUGGCUUCAUCAAUCUCCUCCCAGAAAUCUCGGUCUCGGCUCAUCCCAUACAAGCGCGCUCUUCUACCCCCACGAACCAAAAAGCCAGGCCCCAAGGCAUACAAAGUCCUCAAUCCUAGCGCCAUCCCCGCAGAGACGAGCAUCAAAAAAUCAUACGAAGAGGUCAAUCAAGAGAGAAACAAGUCCACGAGCUUAAGUGGGCAUAGCAAAAAUAUCUUUGAAGACAAAGAAGAAUACGAGCCCCAGACCCCGUGCUUUCAAGUUUCAUUCUCGAUGCCGCCACAGCCCUUCCUCGAUCCACCGACCUGGGAAGCGAUGCUCAAACACAGCCGCGAGAGAUUAGCAAUCCAAUCAUUAAAAGACGAAUCAGGCUCAGGUAUUGAUCGGGAAGAUGAAUCGGUAGAACGGACGAGACGGCGAGUGGAACGCGAGAUGGAGUAUGGGUCUAUGGCAAUCCGGGGCCGGUCGAGUGUACGUGGACGUGGGAAGGGGGGAAGGGGGAGAGACAAUGUCUACUGGGGUGGUAGAUAUUGA